CUAAACCUAAACAUAACCUCCCCUUUUCGCCUUCGACUGCUGUUGCAGACGCACCAUCACGUCAUUCCUGCAACAAUCAGCCAACAAAUUUGCAGAGAUCAAAAUGACUGAUAAGCAGUCAUUUCACCUGUCUAAUGCAGCAAACCGACUUUCUAACGAGGGGAGUCUAAGUCACCUCAAAAGUCACUUCCUAUGGAUUUGCUCUGCUCUCAGUGGUAAGCAGAUUAGUAAAUGCGACACCAUGAUGUGUCCAAAGUGUUGCGAGGUGUGGAACACAGGGAAGUUUGCACUAAAAGUUGUUUCAAAGUCGACUCCUGGACCACGGAUGAUGAAGAUUUUGAGGAAGUUUGAAAAAGAACCAGAAAAACUGACUCGUGUAGAAUCGAGCUUGCUAAAGAGACACCAACAGACUAACAAAAACAAACUGGUUCUUCGCUGUUUAGUCUGCAAGAAUGAAACAAUUAUCCCAUUCCAAAAGCAAAUUCCAGAGAAAGCUCCCACAUGUGAAACUCCUGCUGCUGAGUGUUCAAUAGUUAUGUCCACCAAGAAGAAAAAGAAGAAAGACCGAUUUGCAGGACUUAAUGUGUCAGCUGUUAUGUCAGCAUCACCCUCUCCUUUCAAUUCAAGCAAGAGAAACAUGCAUAUUAAUAGAAUUAAUGGAACUCCAAGUUCUGUUUCUACUGCAAAUGAAAUCAAAAUUAACUCCCCAAGCCAGAUGACCAACAAUCGUUCAAGUAUGACACCAAUAGCUUCUAAAGUUUUAAUCUCCGAAACCAAUAGGAAGAGUGGUCAAAAGCCUGUGUGGAAAAAGAUGCAAUCUUUACGCGAGGAAAUUAAACUAGAAGAAAAGAACAGAAUUAAAGACCAUCACAAGGCCCUUACUAUUAGAAACCUUAAUGUUAAAAAGAACAAUAAGCUUCAAGAUUUUAUUAGUAGAAAGGAAAAGGAUGUCCACUUAGAAGAUCGUAUCAAUUGUCUUCUGCAAAUUUGAUGGCUGACUAGAAUUCAGAGGUGUAUUUAAGUAAAGGAUCAGUAAAUAAGUCUAAAAAAAAUUAA